AUUCAGACUUUUAAACCAAAAUGAUAAAAUUGCUUCAUCACAUCUGAAACUCAAAUCUUGAAAUUAAAUCCUGUAAUAAAAACUCAAUCUUGCCGUCGAAUCUUUUCCGAUCGAAUCCUCAAUUUACAUAUCAAUUCUUAAAAUCAAAGUAACUAAAAUGGUAAAAUGGCCUUGGAUUUACCAAAUUUAUCUAUAAAUCGUAAUUAUUGACUCUAAAUUUCAUUGGCUUAUUUAAGAACCAAGAGUUUAAAUGUCAUCAAUUCAGACGCCGUGUUUGCGAUUUUCAGCCGUCACUCAUCAGUUAUGAAACGUAAUGUCAAACUUGAAGUUUUCAUUUCCUGCAACGAGUUUCUGCCUUGAAAAAGCUAGGAGGUGAUAAUUUUUAUACAAGUAUGUGAUAAUGAAUUUAUUCAAGAUGAACCACCGUGUCAAUUACUAGAAAGGAACCUCAUGCCCCGUUUGAUCAGCUUAUCUCACGUUUCGGUUUGAAUUUUUGAAGUGUUGAGUACAUAAACCUUUGAACCAAACGUGAACUCCAAAAACUCAGCAGGCCUUUGAAAAGAGCAAAUGUACAAGCAUUUCUGACCGAUACUCCAUGGCACCCAGAUUCAAGCUAACCUAUUUUGACUUUCGAGGUAGGGCUGAGGUUAUCCGACUGCUAUUUGCAGCAAGUGGGAUUGAAUUUGAAGAUGUUCGAAUAGCAAUCGAAGACUGGUCCGCAAUGAAACAAAGUACACCAUUUGGAAGACUUCCACUUCUAGAAUUUGAUGGCAUCGUCCUCCCAGAGGCAAGAGCCAUAGCUAAUUAUGUUGCCAGGGAAACAGGUUUAUACGGCAAGUCCAGCCAAGAGCAGGCUCAGAUUGACGUUGUCAUGGAGAUCCUUCAAGACUUACAGCAUUCCUAUUUCGCGGCAUACAUACAGAAAAAUGAAGAAGCGAAGGAAGACUUAACCAAGUCCUUCUUUGAGAAGGACAGCCUCAAAUUUCUUGGUUGGUUGGAAGAGCUUCUCAUCAAGAACAACGGAGGAGAUGGGUUCUUUGUUGGCGAAUCCGUAAGUCAAAUACAAAUACAGUUUUUAACAUGGUGAAUUUGUAAAGCUCUGGGGAUGUGCAAGUUAUGCAUCCUGUACACUUACCAGUGCGGAUUCAUUUGAAAACUUAUACUCCAACUAAUUUAGCAGGUUCCCCUUUAAAAUACAUGUACUCAGGAUAAUUCAAUUCGUGACAUUCAGUUUUCCCUGCAACAGUAUUAAAGUUUUCCAUUGAAUUUCCCUCUCGUAACUAAGAGAUAUCCUUUAUGAUUUUUUUUAUUGUCUAGAUGACAAUGGCCGAUCUUGACUUCUAUGCAGCACACGAGUUAGUUCUGAAGAAAAACCACACAGCUCUGCAGAAUCUGCCCAAACUAAGAGCACUUGUGUCUCGAGUUGAGAACAUCCCUAAGAUAAAGAAGUGGUUACCACACCGACCUGAAAAAUUUUCUUACGUGUUGCCAUGAACUUCAUGCUCCAAUGGGGCAAAAAUUCAAUAGAUAUGCGUGUCUUUUGGGGAGGGGGGUGUCUGUGGCUCCACUUUGGCCUGAUUCACUGGAAUUAAUUUUUUACCAAACUGUAGUUUCUCGACAUUUUCUUUAAAAAAAAUCAGAUUCACAUUUCAUGUUUAGGCCAAACAAGGGCAAAGCAGUUGGACACUGUAUCCGGCGGGAAGUGCGUGUAAAAGUUUCAUUAAUAUGGAGCAAAACUCAGAAAGGCCCGUUUUAGUCGUAUGAGAUUGCGUUUUCUUGGUACAUGUAAAUUAAAAGUCUAGAAAUUUAAUCUUUCAAGGGCAUUGAGUUAAUCAAUAGGUAAUUUUCCGCAAAUUUAUGGGAUUUUUUUUUUCUGGCACAGUGUUGCUAAUUUCACAAAUGUAUAUAAUUUUAAGAACUCAGGAAAUGUAAAACUAAUUCUCUCAGCGUAAAUCCAGUGGAGAUUCCUCACAGGAAGACUGUUCAUGUUUGUUUUCGUUUCAAAACAAAACAAGGUGGGUUAAGUUGCCGUCAACCGGAAUAUUUGCACCGCGUUUACAUCCGAUCCAACAAGGUGGAUCGAAGGGGACCGACACCAAGCGAACACAGGAGUUGGAUCGGGGUCCAAUCCGGAUAUUAUCGGAACGCUUGAACGUGACUAUAGAUGACGAAAUGUUUCGAAAAACCACGCUCAUUAAUGGUGGGACAAGUUUUAUGUGAAACAUUUGUUACAUGUAACAAUAUUGAGAAAUGGUACUGAGUGAUUUGCUUAAUAAUUCAUGCGACAAAAGAAAAAACUGGUGAUCGAACUUUGAUGAGAAAAUGUGUUUUUCUUCCUCCAUGGUUACACUUUGAGCACAUAACUAUGCACACGUAUACACACACAUUUCAGGUCCGUACUUUAAUUCGCAUGCAGUCAUUUUGAGUGAAAACUAAUUGUAGAUUUACAUGGAAAAGGCUGACCAGAAAGCAUUCGAUCAUGACCUCCACGAUAAUGCACUUGAACACUGAACUACGUGUACAUGUACAUUACAUGUAUAUGUACAUGUACAUGGCACUCCACCAUGCGUUGAUGCAACUCCGGUUUAAAUGUCAUUACCGCAGGAUUGAACUGAUGUUGGGGAUCCUUUGUCUCCAAUAUAAUCUCGGCUCCAAUUUGUUACCAUGGUAACAUGAUCAUGACCAAGGCGAGUAAAAGAUCAUACUGGGUGAACCUGGGGCCCAAUGUACACGUAACUGAAAAAAGGCAUCUGACCUUCAGAACAGAUGAAUGGUAAAAUCAAUCAACCUUCCUAGGACAAUACAAUUCAGAUAAAAAUUUAAAAACCCGACCUUUGGCAACAAUUAAGUUCCCCAAUGUCAAAGCUGAGGUAGCUGUUCCUCAACCGACAAUUACAUGACUCAUAUAAUUAAUGGGUUUUCCCAGUACAUGCAUGACAUUUUCAUUUUAGGAAUAAAAGGAUGCGCUUCUACAUUUAUAUUUGUUAGGAAAAAUCAACAUAAAUAGCGUUCCAGAUGUCACGACACCAAUGCCAUCACAUUUUAACCACCUCGGAAUGGACGUGAUCAAAGUGUUACUACUGAUGAAGAUACAUAAAUGCACAUGCACGACGAUCACGUCAUUCUAACAGGAUUUGAACCAAGAAAGAUUUUCGAUCACCAAUAGGAAACCACAAUGAAGUCGAAAUUUCAAAGAAGGAAACAAUCUUUCCAGUAAGCUAAAAAUAGCCGAUAAGAAUUCGACAGAAGGCAAAGUCACCAAAAAGUGUCAAUUUAAGUACAUGUUAAAGAUUUGUUUUACAAAAUUUGUCCUCGUGAAAAGUUCACACGAUGAAACCGUCAAAUUUGACAAUGUUUUUAUGGGUACAAAAAGGAAGCUUCCAAAUUCUAGUAAAUUCUCAGUAAAUGACAAUGGAAAGUAGGGCAAAAUUGAGAAUUAAAUUUUGGCCAAGGUACUAAAUACUGUUCAGUUGUGUUUAAUACACUACCAUCAUCUUUUAAAACUAAUUUCAAUCGUAACCCCUGAAUCCAAUUCUCCUGGCUCAUAAAGUGCUGAUGAAUUUGGAUGUUUAAAUUGACUUUUCUUCAUAUAAUUAACUUGGGCAAUAAAUUGAGCUAUAACGUUUCCUAUAGCUGCAGUCUGAAGGGAUAUAAAAUGCCUUAUUUGCCCACAGUAAUUGAAUGCAUCAUGCAGGUGAAUGUAUAAAGUCCAUAUGUAACGGGGUUUCACAAAAAUGGGGCAAAAUGAAAGUAAAAAAAAUUGAAUACCUAACAUACUUUAUACCGUGCAGAGCUCACUUAAAAAUUUAUGUCCCAUUUACAAGCAUGCACGGCAAUCCAUCAGGAUUUAUCAGGUGUAAUUUGUCGACGCACUUUGUCCUGUUUGUCGCAGGUAGGCACACAUUAAUGUCAAUAGAUAGGGCAGCACCAUCGUGUGCAAUCAGCGUCCAGUUUCCCUGCUAGUCUAAAAUACUCAGCCUUUUGUUAAAAAACACAGAACCUGUACAAAUUAAAUGAGAGGACACAUGCAACGUACAGACACUGAUACCAACUUUAACCAAAUACUGAUUGGAAUUCCUGUCUUGUAAUUAUCAAUUAAACAUCACACAUUGUUUAAAGCGGUGCAAUUUGCAAAAGAGAUUUAUAUACAUGCGUUCACAUCAAAAUCAAUCAUGGCUUGUAAUCAUUGUUACAUGUAGUAAAGGAAUGUUUUCAACUCUGUAUCAAACUAGGUUUUGUACCAAAGGGCGGAUGGGUGGGGGGGCUGAGGGGGAACAUCAGGGGGAUGAUAAAAGUUGAGUUCGGGUCUACUUCAUUCCCCAUCCUUCCAAAAUUGUGCUAACAGCUCAAAAACGUUACCUCGCCCCUCUAAAAUGCCCCAAAUGGUUACAUAACCC